AUGGAGAAUCAAAAUAGAGAAUUAGAUUACAACAACUGUCCCAUCGAAAACACAAAAUCAGAAAACAAAGCUUUCAAAGCAACAAGGAUAUGGAACGUAAUUGUGAAUUCGUUCGAAACACAAAUGCAUUGCGGUCGAAGAAGAAAGAAUCUUAGAAUUCAUGAAGAUUGUUUCACCGGUUCAUCUGCUGUCACCACAAUGCAUUCUAUUUUAAAGGAAAUGAAAAACUAUGAGAACGUGUCAAGAUGUCAGGCCAAAAAACUGCUACAAAAAAUAAUGAAUCAACGUAUUAUAGAAGAUGUGAAUGGCAAAUGGUCGGCGGAAGAAUUCAAAGACUCGGGAAAAUUAUAUAGAUUUUGUAGAUGUGAUUUUCAAAACGAAUUGAAUAGUAAGAAAGACUUGUCGCUGAAUCGAAGAGGUUCAAUUCAAUCACUAAUAAAAACGAAGCCUCUUUCACGAUCAAAAUCAACUAUGUCUCAUUCUCCGGCAAGGGUAAAAAAAUACUCAAUCACUUCCUACAACGCGGAUAACACAUCGGAUGGGGAAUCUUCUAACGUCAUAAAAGUAGCUAGAUUUCUAUUUUCGCUAAAGUCUAAGCAAUCAAAUACGCAUUAAAAUGUUCUUAA